CAAGGCAAGGGGGAUAUAAGGCUGGCGGAUCGGGGCCAGGGAGGGGGGUGGGAGAAAGGUGAUACUGACAUUGCUGGCAGACACAAUGAACUCUCUACUGGUCGCUGUCCUGCUCAGCACCCUACUGGGGUCUGCCCUGGGAACCCGCAUGCGGUGCUUCCAGUGCAAAGGAGAUUCCAGCAACUCCUGCAAAGAGACGGUGGCCACCUGCGGGGAGGGGGAGCACUGUGGCUUCCUGGAGCGCAAGCCCCAGCCUGGCCCCGGGCAGAACCAGCUGUCUGGAAACCCCUCAGUGACCUUGAUUCAUCACUAUCGAGCCUGUGUGGCGGCCCAUCAUUGCAAUCAAGUGGAAACGGAGUUGGUGGGAGACGUGACUUACACAACCCACAGGGAAUGCUGCGUCGGAGACCUGUGUAACAGCGCUGUGGCAAGCACCGUGGCCCCGCCAUGUGUGUUGGCUGCAGCAGCCGCCGCCCUGGCCUGGCUCUUGCCAGCACUGUGGAGAGACUAGUAGGCUGGGGCGGGAGGAGCAAGGGAGCAAGGGAACAAAGGAGAGCUGAGGUGAGAAGACAAAAAACCCUCUGUGAGCCAUUAA